UCCAAGUCAAAGGCCGCCUGUUAAAACGGUUUGUGAGGAGUUGAGUAGCAGUGGGAUUAAAAAUAAACACAAAUUAAAUCAGUAAAAUAAUAAUAAUAAUAAUAAUAAUAAUAAUAAUAAUAAUAAAAACACUCGUUAACAAAUCGACAAUGUAUGCAUGUACGAAUGUGAUGUGCGCCUGAUCUUUCUGUACACACGACAGUGGGAGGCUCGAAGGAUUUUGCGUUUUGGGUAUUGCGGAAUUAAAGAGAGGCACUGGUAUAAGAUGUACGCUGCUUUGUUGGAUAUUUCCGGACGGUAGCCUGUUCAAGCAGCAAGGCCUCAAAUGGGAAAAGCAAGCCUGGCACUGGAGUUCCGAGCCUGAGCCGCGGGACACGCAGCUUGGAAUUGGGCAAAGGAUAUUCCUAACCGCACCACUCCCAGACAUUUUGUUGGAUAUAAUACUCGCCCCACUGAAGACAACCAUGGAAUCGACCGUUGAUGACGAUGCGAUGGAAGCGUGAAUGAGGUUGGCACAGCGAAGGCUGAACAAUGCCCAAGGGUGGGGGUUCUAAAACACCCCAGUCAGAGGAUUUCCCACCGAACACCGAUAUGGUGGAGAAGCAAACUGGGAAAAAGGAUAAAGAUAAAGUCUCUUUAAACAAGACUCCAAAGUUGGACCGAAAUGAUGGAGGAAAAGAGAUGAAAGAGAAAGCUCCAAAAAGAAAACUACCAUUUACUGUUGGAGCAAAUGGAGACCAGAAAGAUUCCGAUUCAGAUUCUGACCCCGGCCUGUCAUCGGAGGCUUGGGAUCACCAGUGUGCUGCCGCCUCACUCUCUACUCACAGGCCACACUCAGAGAAACAGGGUCCAGAACGGAAGCGGAUUAAGAAAGAAGCCACCAACACCAGGAAGUCCGGGCUGGCAUUCGGUGUGGGAAUGCCAGGAAUCCGGGCCGGUUACCCUCUCUCCGAGCGACAGCAGGUCGCUUUGCUCAUGCAGAUGACUGCUGAGGAGUCCAUUAACAGUCCAGACACAACACCAAAGCACCCGUCGCAGUCUAAUAUGGGUCAGAAGGGAACGCCAAACUCUGCUUCGAAAACCAAAGAUAAAGUGAAUAAACGGAACGAGCGAGGGGAGACACGAUUGCACCGCGCUGCCAUCCGGGGAGAGGCACGCAGAGUAAAGGAGCUUAUUAACGAGGGAGCAGACGUGAAUGUAAAAGACUUUGCAGGCUGGACAGCCUUGCAUGAGGCGUGCAACAGGGGUUAUUACGAUGUGGCCAAGCAGCUGCUGGCAGCCGGAGCAGAGGUCAACACGAAGGGGCUGGACGACGACACCCCGUUACACGAUGCCUCCAGCAAUGGGCACUUCAAGGUUGUAAAGUUGCUGUUGCGGUAUGGAGGGAACCCCCAUCAAAGUAACAGAAGGGGUGAAACGCCGUUAAAAGUAGCUAACUCCCCUACAAUGGUGAAUCUGUUACUUGGGAAAGGCACCUAUACCUCAAGUGAGGAGAGCUCUUCAGAAUCUUCAGAAGAGGAGGAUGCUCCUUCGUUUGCUCCCUCCAGCUCUGUUGACGGCAAUAACACGGACUCAGAGUUCGAAAAGGGCUUAAAGCUGAAAGGGAAAAACCAGGACCCUGCGAAAUCGAUGGCUACCCCAGUAAAGGAUGAAUAUGAGUUUGACGAGGAUGACGAGGAGGAGAGAGUCCCACCUGUCGACGAUAAGCACCUUCUCAAAAAGGAGUUCCGCAAGGCAGCCGCCAUGAAAGCCAACAGCUUAAUUUCUAUCCCCAAAAUUGAGGUCAAAACAUAUUCCAAAAGCAACUCGCUCACACCAAAGAAGACAGCACGCCGGAUUCUGUCCGACACAAACAGCUCAGAUGAGGACGACAGGACUUUGUGUUUCUCCCCCACACCAAUGGCGAAGCAGCAGCCGACAUCCUUCAAGAAUCGGGAAUCCUCGGCCACGUCCUCCAAGCAGCAGAAAGAAAAAAGCAAAGUAAAAAAGAAGAGAAAGAAGGAAACAAAAAACAGCAGUAGUGCCAACAAGGAGGUGCGGUUUGGCAAAUUGAAUGACAAGUUCUGCACAUCAGAAUCGGAAAGUGAGGAUUUGGAGAGCGAGGACGACAAGGGCUCGGUUCAGAGCUCUGUCUGUGUUAAGGACUCUUCUGCUUUGAGCCUUAAAGAAUCGGCUGUUUUCAGCUCUCUUUCCGCCUCCUCUUCCUCCUCCCAUGGGAGUUUGGUCGCCCAAAAGCACACGCCAUCACUGGCGGAGCAGCAUCCCAAGCAAUGGCGGACUGAUGGCUGGAAGACCAUCUCCUCACCUGCUUGGUCUGAAGUCAGCUCCCUUUCAGAGUCGGGCAGGACCCGGCUGACAAGUGAAUCAGAUUACUCUUCCGAGGACUCAAGUCUGGAGUCAGUGAAGCAUGUGAAGAAAAAACAACAGGAGAACAAGAAGAAGAACAAUACUCACAACAACUCAGAGAAAAAGAGCUCCUCUGAUUUCUACAAGAACUCAAGCACAGAAGGUGCUGUCCCCAAGUUGGACAAGGAAGGAAAAGUGGUAAAAAAGCAUAAAGUAAAGCAUAAACACAAAAGCAAAGAGAAGGACAAAGCUCCUAGCCUGGUCCUUAACCAAGACAUGAAAGAGAAAUUUGUCAAAAGCUUUUCUUUUGAUUACGAGGAUACGAGACAAAAGCCGUUGAUCUCUGAGGCAGAAUCUCCUGUGGAAAAUAAAGUCAAGAGUUCCAAACAUGACAAAGACCACUUUAAAAAGGAAGAGAAAUUGUUCAAGGGUAAGUCGGAGGAAAAAGACUGGACCUCAGGGAAAGAAACAGGAAAAGCUGCUAAAGAGGAAAAAUCUUCAAAGAAAGUGUCCUCCAAAGACAAAUCCAACAAGGAGGACAAAGACAAAACAUUCAAAAUAGAAAAAGAAAAAAACACGAAAGACAAGGAAAAGCCCAAGGAAGAGAAGCAAAAGACGUACAAAGAGGAGAAGAAGAAAAAGUCAAAGGAUAAAUCAUCCAAAGCAGAAAAGAACGAGCAAAAAGAAGAAAAAUAUCCCAAAUUCGAAAAGGAGAAGACCAUAAAAGAAGAGAAAGAAAAAUCAAAAAAGGAAAAAACAUUCAAGGAAGAUACCGAUUACGAAGACUAUGACAUCAAGAAUCGUUUUCUGGAAAGCGAGGAUGCCAAAUUAAGUGUAUCCGAUGACCCCCAUGACAGGUGGCUUUCAGACCUUUCUUCAGAUUCAUCUCUCUAUGGCGAUGAUAGUUGGGACACUCCGAUAAAAGAAUACAAGGAAUACAAAGCUAACAACACCGUCAAACUGAUUGUUGAGACUGUAAAAGAGGAAAACAGAGACCGGAAAAAGGAAAGCAAAGUAAAAGAAAAGAAGGAACACAGUGAAAAACGGAAUGAAAAAGAGACCACAACCAAGAAGAAAGACAAGGAAUUUUUAGAGAAGACUUGGGAUAAGAAGCCUGUAGAUAAACAGAAGUCUGUCUCCAGCUACCCAUCAGAAAAGGAAAAAAAGAGGAAAGACUCUGCUGAAAGUAUCAAGGAGAAAAAAGAUUGCAUUGAUUGCAGCAAGGAAAGAAAAGACUCCUAUGACUUAACAAAAGAAAGAAAAGAAUCUAAAACUAAACCCGAUGAUUCAUUAAAAGAGGAGUAUGGUAAUGAAAGUUUUUUAUAUAAAUCUGAAACUGAGUUUGUCAGCAAACAGUUUGAGUCAAGGGAGAGGCACUACUCUGGAAAAGAAAAGGAGAAGAAAGGAGAGGGUGCAGAAAAGGAAAAGAAAGAAAAGUUGAAAUCUGACAAACACAAAGAGAAAACUAAAGAGAAAGAGAGGAACUUCUUGGAAUCAGAAAAAGAGAAGACAGAAAAAAAUUCCAUUGAGAAGCCACCCAAGGAGAAAGAUACGGACAGAAGUUCAAAGGACAAGAAGGAGGGCGUGAAAGACAAACACAAAGACUCCCAUGUCAAAGACAAAGAGAGAAAAAUGUCUUUAGAACAAAGCAAAGAUAAAAAAGAGAAAGCAUCCCAAGACAAGCAUGCAGAUAAGGAGAAGGAUUUUCAAGAGAUAAAAAAGGAAGAAAAGAAAUCUGAAAAGGGGAGGGAAAAGAGCUGGUUCAGUAUUGCCGACAUCUUUACCGAUGAGAGUGAGGAUGAGGUUGAUUACAGUGUGGGGGGCUCAAAAUUCAGCGACUCAGUUGCAAGAUCUGAAAUCCAACGGGCAGAUCUUGUACCAGAACGAGAUGAGGUAGAGCUAUUCCAAACAGACAAACACCGGAAGUACUCUGCUGAUGGAAAGCAGCACUCAUCUGAAAAACAGAAGGAGAAAGAAUUUAAAGAAAAGAAGAAAGACAAGGUGUCAUUUGACAGUGGGAAGGAGAAAAAAGAAAAAAACUCUUUAGAAAAACACAAAGAAAAAAAGGACAAAGACUCUGGUGAAGGCAAGCACAAGGACCGUAAAGAGAGGAUAUCAACAGAUUCAAACCAGGACAAGAGAAACAAACAGAAGAUUCUUGACAAGAGGCACCAGAGUGAGGAGAAGCCCAAGAGCAAGCAUAAAGACAAGCCAGAGAAAGACCACCUGAAAGACAGGAAGCCAUCCAAAGGGAACAUGGAAAAUGAAAAGUCUCUCCUGGAGAAGCUGGAAGAGGAAGCUCUGAACGACUACAAGGAUGACUCAAAUGACAAAAUUAGUGAGAUCUCUUCUGACAGCUUCACAGACAGAGGCCAUGAGCCGUUACUAAGCAGCUUCUACGACUCCUCGAGCAUCAGCCUGCCUGACCUCUCUGAAGAGAGAAGGGACUCACUCUCUAUUUCCUACCCUCAAGACAAGCUCAAAGAGAAGGAGAGACAUAGGCAUUCCUCCUCCUCUUCUAAGAAAAGCCACGAGAAAGAAAAAGACAAAGUCAAAAAGGUAGAAAAACGGGAUAAGUCAGAGGAGAUCAGGGAGACCUAUGGCCGGAGGGAGAGCUUGCCAUUUGAAAAAGAGUCCAUGCCAUUGGAAGCUGAUCCAUACAGUUUCCCUUAUGGGGUGAAUCCAGAAGCUGAGAAUGAUCUGGACAAGACCAUUGAAUUUGAGAAGGAGAUGUCUAAAAAGACAGAAAAAGAAAAAGCUUUCAGUAACUUGGUCAACAGUGAGAAGAUCAAGGAUAAAGAGAAGAAGAAGAAAGACAAGCAUAAGGAGAAGACAAAAGAAGAAAAACACAAGCAUAUAGAUAGCUCUGGCUCUUUCAAACACUCAAAGGAAGAUCAGAAACUGGGCCUGAAGGACAUGCCUCAAGUCACUGGCUUAAGGGAAAAGUCAAAAGAUGAGACAGCUAAAUGUGAUGCUAAACUCAGAGAGAGGAGCAAAGACAACUUGGACAAAGACAUUAAGUCUGAUUCUGUGAAGACAAAAGCAAAAGAGGAAAAUGACAAAGUCAACCAGUCUAGAGAUGGGACUCGGAAAGAAAACAGGCCAAGGGAAAGGCUUUUAGUUGAUGGGAACCUCGUGAUGACCAGCUUUGAAAGGAUGCUGAGUCAGAAAGAUCAGGAAAUUGAGGAACGCCACAAACGGCACAAGGAGCGGAUGAAACAGAUGGAGAAGAUGAGACACAGGUCAGGGGAUCAAAAGCUUAAAGACAAAACUAAAACGAGCGAAGACCUGCGUAAGAGAAGCCAAGAUCUGACUUCCAAAAAGUCAAGCUCAUUAGAAACUGUGCUGAAGGACAAGAAACCCAAAGAUCUGGGAAUUCCAGCUCAAAUUAUGUCACCGGACAGAAAGACGCAAUCUGUGGGUGGCCAAGAUUCAAAAGACUGGCUGGUGGGGCAUCAGUUGAAAGAGAACUUGCCAGCUUCACCAAGGCCAGAUCAAAGUCGACCAACUGGAGUUCCAACUCCAGCAUCUGUGAUUUCUUGUCCAAGUUUUGAAGAAGUGAUGCAGACACCACGCACACCAUCUUGUAGUGCAGAGGACUACACAGAACUCAUGUUUGACAACAUUGAUUCUCAGAACUCAUCUGCUAUGACAAUGUCCAUGAAUGCCUGUUCUCCAUCCUUCUUUGAUCGAUAUUCUAACACCCCCAGCAGCUUACAGGAAACUCCUUGCCCUACUCCCACAAAGAACCUACCGACAGCUAGCCUUUACCGAUCAGUGUCAGUUGAUGUCAGGAGGGCCUCGGAAGAGGAAUUUAAAAUGGAUUCUGACAAGUUCUUCCGGCAACAAAGUGUACCAGUAACAUCUGAGUAUGAACCUUCACUUCCGCAGCUGCCAGAAGAGAAACCUCUGGCUUCUGCUACACCUUCAGUGGACAAGGUUGACUGCCUGUCCCCUCCUUGUUUUUCUCCUAAUUUCAGAAUGUCCUCACCAAGGUUGGAACCAGCUCAGCCUGCAAUGGAUGGCUCCUCUGCUGCUACCACAGACAAUAUUGAAAACUUUCCUGAGAGUGUCUAUAAUAAUUAUUUAACAAAACCUUCAAGUCCGUUGCACAGACCUGAACCCAAACCCCAGGAACAUUGCAUUGAUAUUGCUGCACCUCCUACUCCUGCCCCUGUUGCUCUUCUAGAACUAGAUGAUUUCUCUGAACUGCAGCCGCUGCCAUUGCCUCUGAGCAGCAAACCCAUUCUGGUACCUUCAGAGCCUGUGAACAGCGAUGACUUCCUUCCACCAGUUGUAGAAGAGUUUGAAAAAAGGGGGGAUGAGGAGGAGGAGGAGAAUUAUGAUGAUGAUGAAGAAGAAGAACUACUACAACUACAAGAGGAGGAUGAGGAAGAUGAAAACACAACUUUUUCUGCUUCUGAGACAAUCAAAAAGGACUGGGUGGAAUCUCCUGUAAGGAGGAGUUCUGAGCCUCCACCUCUUCAAUCUCCUUCUCCUCUUCCUUCUCCUCCUCCUCCUCCUCCUCCUGUGAGUCUGGUAGAAAACUCCUCUGAUCACUGGAGCAUCAGCUCAUUGCUCCUGAAAUCUCCUCUCAGAACCUUCCCUGAACCACCUCCCUCUACUAAGAUCACCUCUUUUACGCUGCCAGAUGUCCAUUUACAGCACCACCUCCUCACAUCUCUGCCCUGCAUUCCUCAUGUUUCCCCACCCUAUCCUGUGUCUCCUAUCUCUUACCCUGUGCCGCUUCCCGAGCCUGAGCUUGAAACUCACAAAGAUGCAGUGGAAGAGACCCCCAGUCAAUCGGAGCCCGCUGUGGCAACAAGCGAGCCUGAGCCUAAUUUUAUGCCGUCCCCUGCCAGACUGGAUUCCUUCUUUACAGACUGUAAGCCCCUUCCUGAGGAGCAUAGAGGAAUGGCACCAGAGCCUGCAUGCUUACCAACAGAGGCUCAACCAGAUACCCUUCCCACUUUGAAAAGUAAAUACAUUGAGGACAGUAACAUAGCAUCUCUCGAAUGCCAGGAGGAUCCGGUGGUGCCAUGGUCGGACCCUUUCUCAAAUGCUGUCGAAGAUCUAGACCUGGGACCUUUUUCUCUCCCUGAGUUACCUUUGCAAGAUAAGGAAAUCCAAGAACCUGUUAUUGCAGAUUCUGAGCUGGCUGAAUUUAAACCAGUUCCUCCUCCUCCCCCUGUGUCUGCAGCUGAGGAAGACAAUGAGGGGUCUGAUAUAAUGGAGGUUGAUUUGCCAGGUCUGUCUGAGGAAAAGCUUAGCCCUCCAACUGUUGUGCUGCUACUUGAACCCCUACAACCUCCACAACUCCCUUCUGAAGAGCAUAAGCCAGAACCAGAACUACAGAAAGUUCCAGAGGAUUACACCACCGAUCAUGCUGUUGCAGAAGAAAAGGCUGCUUUGGAUGUGAGAAAGGAACAGGAGGAAAGUGUGCAGGCUCCCACUGCCCAGAACGAAGGAGCUGACACCAACAAUAACCAUGAAACUGAAUUUCCAGACUGUUUAGUAGAGGAACCCUUGGCUGUUGCAGCUCUCCCAUCCUGUGGUACUGAAGGCCUCCUAGGCCAGGCAAAUAGUGCCCAGCCUCUUGCAGCAAUCACAGUUCAACCCAGCCCAAGUCAAACAGUUGCAGACCAAACUGGGGUUCCCCAAUCUAAUGCUGUACAGAUUACAGAAGCCCAUGAACCUGUGGCUAAAACAACUUUAAUCCCCACCACAGAGGCUCCUAAGCCAGCAAAGGUGGAGGAGAUUCCUCAGAGGAUCACCAGGAAUCGUGCUCAGAUGUUGGCUAACCAGAAUAAGCAGAACAAUAAUACCACCACAUUAACGACUGCUUCAACCCCUGCCAUUAACAUCAUCACCUCUCCUGCUGAAAAGGAGAAGGAAUCUGUCAGCACCACCACAGUGUCUGCUGCAGCCCUGACACAUCCAGCACCAGUCAGCAAGACCAAAGGACGGCCUGUGGAGGAAGAGGAUUCACAGGCACAGCACCCGCGCAAGAGGAAGUUCCCCAAGUCCAACCAGCAGCAGCAAGUCCAAGCGCAGCUGGUCAACACCACAAUGCACCAGACACGGGAGGUGAUCCAGCAGACCUUGGCAGCCAUUGUCAACGCUAUCAAACUGGACGACAUUGAGCCUUACCAUAGUGACCGCUCCAACCCUUACUUUGAGUACCUGCAGAUUCGGAAGAAGAUCGAGGAGAAACGGAAGAUACUCUGCUACAUUACACCGCAGGCACCCCAGUGCUAUGCAGACUACGUUACCUACACAGGUUCCUAUCUGUUGGAUGGCAAGCCUCUCAGCAGGCUUCAUAUUCCAGUGAUCGCUCCACCCCCAUCUUUGUCAGAGCCACUGAAGGAGCUGUUCAGGCAGCAAGAGGCUGUACGAGGAAAGCUGCGGCUUCAACACAGCAUUGAGCGGGAAAAGCUAAUAGUGUCUUGUGAGCAGGAGAUCCUAAGAGUACACUGCAGGGCAGCCAGAACAAUAGCAAACCAGGCUGUCCCGUUCAGUGCCUGUACCAUGCUGCUGGAUUUGGAGGUCUAUAACAUGCCUUCAGAGAAUCAGGGUGAUGAAAACAAGUCUGUGAGAGACCGAUUUAAUGCCAGGCAGUUCAUAUCGUGGCUUCAGGAUGUUGAUGACAAGUACGACAGAAUGAAGACCUGCCUAUUAAUGCGACAGCAACACGAAGCAGCAGCACUGAACGCAGUGCAGAGGAUGGAGUGGCAACUCAAAGUGCAGGAGCUGGAUCCCGCUGUACACAAAUCACUUUGCGUCAAUGAGGUCCCUUCCUUUUAUGUGCCAAUGGUCGACGUCAAUGAUGACUUUGUGCUGUUGCCAGCGUGACAGAGAUAAACGAAUUGUUAUGAUAAGACAACAAACAGAACAUAUGGUAAGGGCUAGCCAGAAGGAAUAAGAAUAUUUUCUUAAAAAAAUACAAAAUACAAAAAAAAAACAUGCUAAUGAUUCCCAGCUACAAGAGGAGGAAGCAUCUUUUUUUUUUUUUUUACCGGGGAAAACACAAUUGCACUUUUAUCCAAGUUUGACACCUCCGUUCAGAUAAAGCAGAUGGCUGUGCUUUUUUUUUUUGUUUUUUUUUUUGUUUUUUUUGUUUCCAAGAAAAACUCCUAACGCUGCGGAUCGGAGCCAGUCAUGGGAGAGCUUGGCAUCGAAUAGAGGACUGAAGACGAGAGUGCAGAUGGAGGAAGGUUGUUCAGAAGAAACACAAGGUUCAGAGAAGAGCUGCCUUUGCAAUGUAGAGGGAGGAGUGAUCAGAGAACCGGGUGAUCAUGCCCUUCAGAUUUACAGUCUAUGUAUCCAGUAGCGAUGUGCUCCCUGUGUGUUGUUCAGUUUAACCGUUGCCUUUGGUUUCUAGAAAUCAUAGUGAAGAUCUAGUUGGUGUAUCACAUAAUGGGUUAAAGGAAAAAAGUGACGCUGGGUAACUCUGAUUGGGAAUUUUAAAGAGGUGUGUGUGUAGAUGUUACAUGUAUCUCCAUCUCUGUGUUAAAGAACCUCAACAGCUUCAUUAUUUAUGAAUGAAUCUCGUGGACCCUAUCUGACGAGAAAACCAGAAGAAAAUAAAAGCAUUGCAAUUGUUGAUCGCAAGUUUGCAUACGGAUUUAAUCAGACUCUAUUUUGUCACAAUUAAGUAUUCAACACAUGUUGGCUGAAGAAAAAAAAAAAAAAGAAUGAAUAUUGCAAUUAGAGGCAAAGAUUUUCCUGUUCAGAGAAAAAAAAAACAACUGAUGUUUUAUUGGAGUAUAUUCUCUCUUUGUUUAUAUUUCUUUACUUGGGCAUUUUGUUGUUUCUCUUUCUGAGAAAGUAACUUGAAACACUACAGAGCCAAUAUUAGUUUAAAAGUUUAAAAAAAAAAAAAAAAAAAAAAAAAAAGUAUCCGUAAAUGUACAGUUUUUAUAAAUACGUUAACCGUUACUCUUGCUGCCUUCUAGAUAAUUUAUUUUGCCACACAUUACUGCACAGUUGUAAAUAACUUAUGUACUGUAACAUCACUCUCAGUUAAGUGUAAAAAUAAAUAAAUAAAUAACGAUCUUUGUAUGUACAGUUCACUUUUGGGCAGCACUUUUCCAUCAAAAAUGGGCCAAAACGUGUAGACAUUUUCAGUAUUUUAAAGGUGGUCUCCCAUGCACAUAAUUAAGACAGACCCUCUGCAUUCAAUAGUGUGCAGGUAAGCAGUUUGGUAACUGGGGCAGAGUGAAAUUUGCAUAAUUCUCAUCCAAUAAGAAUACAACUUAACAGUGACAACAGCCACACACUUAGACUACAGAUGUAGCAGGAUGGUUAUACACGCCUUGCUCAGUUAGUGAAGUAUUUAUUAAGAUGAUGUUUAAAACCAAGAAAAUGCCUUUUUAUCGUCCAACAUACUUUACCCAAAUCGUGUGCAGACAAAUUAAGGGUACCAAGCCUACAAAUAAUUCAGAUAUCGAUUUAUCCCGUUUUUGAUAUAAUGUAUUAGACAAUACAUAAUAUUGAGAAUAUAGUACAACAUACAUUUAUAUCCCUUUAUAUGGUGGCAUCAUAAUUAUUAAAAAUAUUUUCUUAAUAUAAUGAGCUUGUGUAUUAAUCAGUGCGUUUGAAAUUAGGAAAAACAUUUUAUUUUUAUUUUUUUUUGGAAAGUAUGGGUUACUCUGAACAGUUUCUUUAGACUGUGUAGUUUUCAGAUCCUUGAAUGUUUAUUUAUUUUUUAUUUUUUUUAUUGCCUCUCUUUCUCAGAACAAUCAGCCUGACAUUUUUAAAGACUUGUUCAUUUCGACAGGCCAGCACACAGCAAUAUACGUAUAGCAGUACAACAUUCAAAUUGUUUCAAAACUAAAGCUUUGAAUAGCAUGUCUCUGUAUGUUAAAAUGUGGAACUGGAUGUGUUUUUAGUCACUCAAAAUCUCACUUGAAACAAAUUCCCUUUCAAACUCUUACAACUGACUGUGUACGUAUACUGGGGGUCCUACAGAUGGCAUAAUGGACUGUAUUCAAAGUUAAAUAAGGUAACAGAUUGAAACUGUUUUAUGAAUAUCAAUCUCUUGUACAAAUGAAGGCUUUGUGCCUCAAUGCUUAGCUCUACCAUCUAAAUAAGCUGCAAAGGGAUUUUGUAUGUAUUUUCAGACCCUUAUUCCUGUGAAGUAGUGCAUUGAAAUCUUAAGAAAAAAAAGACAAAUUCGCACCACCUUGAUUUUAGUUUUACUUUCAUGCACCUCCAGCUAUUGCACCUACCGCCUGAUGCUCGUGUGAAAGUCAUUGCGGUUCCACACUUGACUAACACAUCACUGUUCCAUUUAAACUUAAAAUGCAAGAGUUAAUGACUUUUUAGAAGUUGGUAGAAUUUUGGUUUUGUUUUAGUACAAACAAUGUGAAGCCUCCUAGUCCUUAACUUGAGGAUUUUUGGAUACAGAUGAAGUGAACUGCAUACUUAAAAGCAAACAUUUAAUAGAUUGAUAUGACAUGCAGACUGAUUUUAUUGUAGUCCCUUUUUUAAAUUUUAUUUGUUAUUUCUCUGUCCUGUAUUUCACAUUUUAAAUAAUAAUAAUAAUUAAAAAAAAAAAAACUGUUGACAGUAACAAUGGUUUUUCAGGGAAAGAGAUGGCAAUCCACUUUACACUAAAUGUUUUGAAUGCAUUUUGGAGAAAACAAUUGUACUGUAGUUGUCAAGUCUAUUUGAAUGUUUUCUUUUUUUUGUUUUUGAAUUGCAAUGUUAGUUAAUCUGUGUGUAUUAUGUGUUGGAAUUCUGUUUAACUGUAGGGCUCAAUCAAUACUGUAACCCAUUUAUUAGUCUCCUAAUAGGGUACCCAUUUGACUGUAAUUAGACAUGCAGCAUUCACAGUGGAAAGGUGGUUCAAAACCAAUCUCUGCAAAGAGAAACACAGGUUUCCAUUACAUAUGUAAUAUUCAUUUGGUGCCGUUAAAGGGAUCAUAUUACUGGUUUGUUAUCAGUAGAGAUGGUAACUGAUUUUUAGAAAAAAGUCCUUUUAUUUUUUAUUUUGUGCCAUUUACUUAACUGUCCGUUAUGACUCUUUCUGUAGUUAUGCUCUGGUAUAUGUGUUCAAGUUGGCAGGUGUACCACUUACCUGCAAAGCUGCAGUUUUUUUGAGAAUGCGUUUUUAUAAGACAAAACGAUUGCAAACUGUUAGAUUUGAUAGUAAUACAGAAUAGACAAGCAGCUGAAAGUAUUGGGUGCGUCCUUUUUAAAUUGUUAAUUUGUAUUACACAUAAAACAGAUAUGGCAAAACUUUACAACAAAUAUAUAAAUCAGUGUUUAAAUAGGUUGAUUUAAUGUUAAGAACACUGUAUUCCACUUUUUUUUAUUCUAAUCUGUAGCACCCUUUUGUAAAAGUGACGGUAGAUGCAUAGUGAAGUAGGAGAAUGAUCUGAGGUUCAUCCUUCACUUUCUACCUCUAGGGGCUUUUAGGAUGCAUACAAAGACACGCAGACAGAUAUUCUUUAAACAGAAAUCUGUUUAA